AUGUCGAGCAGUAGACGUAACUCGUUCCAAAACAUCGAAUUCACACCUGAAACACGUCGUGAAUGUUUGAAACAAGUAGAAUUCUAUUUCUCUGAGUUUAACUUACCAUAUGACAAGUUUUUACGUUCCAUUGUGAACAAGAAUAAUGGCUGGGUACCAAUUAGUACAAUCGUUACAUUCAACAGAAUGAAGAAGUACAGACCAGUGGAAACUGUUGUGGAAGUUUUGAAGGAGUCCAAAAUCUUGAUGGUUUCAGAAGAUGGUGAAAAUGUCAAGAGACGUGAAGCAUUAGUUAUUGAUAAAGAUUUGCAAAAUUUGAAAAAAAUUAUUGUCAUGGGAUUCCCAACUGAUAAGGAAAAUAUGCAAGAAAUUUUAGAGAAAUGGUUUGACGAUGUCAGUUCUGGAUCUAUUACCCAAGUUAGAUUAAGGAGAGAACGUGGUAAGAAAUUUAAUGGUGACGUUAUCAUUGAUUUUAAAAGCGUUGAAGAUUGUAACGCUUUUUAUGAUAAAUAUCCAGAAGCUGAUCCAUUGACUUUUGAAGAGAAAAAAUUAUCUUUAGUAAAGAAAAAGGAUUUUGAAUUACAAAAGCAAGCCACCAAAGCUAAAAAUUUCAGUGGUAGUGGUCAAAGGUCAAGAUCCUUCAGUGGUCAUAGAAAAAAUAUGCCAAAAUUGACGCAAGAGUCAAAUGACGAAAAGAAAGAUGAUAACGAAGAUGAAAGUGCUGUCAUAUAA